UUUACAUUAUUACUUUUAUCAUUUAUAGAAGUUAUUUUAUGGAUAUUUGCUUUUAAAAAGUUAUUUCAUAAAGACUUCGGUUGAUUUUAGUGCUUAAUUAAUAACAAUAGUACAUAAUAUCGAGUAUAUCUAACCUAACUGUAAACUUAGUUGUAUUGUGGAUUUUCUGUGAAGAUCAUUUAAAUGAAACAUUAAAAUAUUACGUUAACAAAUUUAGAGUAUUAGUCAUUUAAAAUGGAAGCUACAGUAUCAGUGUCUAAGGGAGUAUUUUUAUUUAAAAAUGGUUGGAAAAAGACUAAACAGCGCAGCAAAACAGCAACACUGUUUGAAUCGAAAUUUAUAAAUGAACCAUGGUAUUCUAUAUUCAAAAGUAAUUGGAAUACUAUUGAAAAUGAAAUUCAGGAUCUCAACAGAAAAACUUACAGCAUGCUCCUCAAUGACAUAGUGAGCUAUGUGAAGUCUUUCAGCAAGUCGCGGGAGUCAUGUGAGCUGGAUGACGGCAUAAUCCCAAGCGCCACUCUACUGACGGGAGUCAACCAGCCUGACCAUGUGUCGCAGUUCGAGGCUCUUCUCAACAAAAUCCGGGAAGAUGUGACACCGCACAUAGCAAUGGUGAACUCCCAGGAUGCACCCACUGUAAAGCAUUUGAUAGAAAAUUCAGUGUGGCAACUUAUUCAUGGUCAUGCAACAGCUGAUUAUGAAGAUGAAGAUUUGGAUGAAAGCAUAAAUAAUAUAACAAAAGGAAAGAAACUGAAGAAGAGUCAUUGCACUAUGACUACUUUGAAGAAGUGGUACCAUGAAUUGUACUACAAUAACAUGAACUUAUCACCAAAGAAAAAGAGGAAAAGUCAUUCCACAAAGUCUCUAGUAGUAGUCAUUCCUGACUUCGAGAGCUUUAACUGUAAUGUUUUACAGGAUUUUGUGAUGAUCAUCAGUUCGUACAUAUCGUCGCUGCCCAUAGUGUUUAUAUUCGGGGUGGCGACGUCGGUGUCAGCGCUGCACAAGUCCUUCCCCUACCACGUGUCCUCCAAACUACUCAUCAAGGUGUUCCACUCACACUCCUCCCCUGUUUAUAUGAACCAGGUGUUAGAGGACAUAUUCCUGACGCACUCGUCCCCGUUCCACGUGUCGGGGCGCGCGCUCGAGCUGCUCACCGACGUCUUCUUGUUCUACGACUUCUCCGUCACGGGACUCAUACAGAGUGUUAAGUACUGCAUGAUGGAACAUUACUACGGAGACAACAUGAAGUCUCUCUGCUGCAAGCGGGAAGAAAUAGACGACACAGUGUUUGUGCUCACCGCUGAGGACUUGGAAAAUAUCAGGCAUCUUCCAUCCUUCCGUCCAUUCCUCGAAUCUCAAGACUGCCGAGCCAGGAUCAGUCUGUUCGAAGACGAUAACUUCCUGAGAGACACUCUGUGUGAACAGUUGAACCGGCUACAUGAUUACUUGUACAGUUUCUACACGUGUUUGAGGCUAUUUUCUGCAUUUGUUAAGGACUUGCCAAAGAAUGUGUUGGGGAAAUCGGUGCGAGAAAUGUACAAAAAGUGCGCAGCCGAAUGCAUUACAGAAACAGCAGGUUUCAAAGAGUGCAUGCAACUACUGAACUUUCAGUCGCAGGUGAAACUCGUGGAGAGUAUCAAAGGUGCCUUGAAAGUCAUCAACACUGCACUACAAAACGACCCCCCAGUCGUCCCACUAAGGAUGACUCCAAGUAAAAAUAAUUUAGUCAAAGAGGAUGCAUUAGUCCUAAAUGAAAGCCUUGGGACAAACUUUUUGAAGAGUGUCAGAGUGCAUUUAACGAUUUUCCUGAGGAAUGUUCAGAAUGCCAGUACAGAAGCUACAGUUACAGUUAACGAUGCAGAUGAAAAUGAGGAUGUGGAGAUGGUCACUACUCCUGGAAACAGAUACAAAUUGAAAGAGAAACUGCUAAAAGCGACACAAAGAGAGAAAAUCCCGUCCGAAUACGAGAUGAUCCGGUCUCGCCUGGUCAACUACUUAGAGAAGGUGUUCCACAAGGGUCUCCAGCCGCCACACACGCAGCCGUUCCACGAGAUAUUCUUCUUCAGUGAUGUCGCGAGUGUGAAGAAGCAGAUCGUGGGGUCGCCGCGCGGCGCCGUGCACACUGCGCUUAGCAAUCCUGAACAUUACUUGCAGUGCAACUGCUGCCAUCUACCGACCAUAGACAGUACGACGUCGACGCUCCCAGAUAUAUCCCUAGUUUACAAGCUGCACCGGGAGUGCGGGAAACACAUCAACCUGUAUGACUGGCUGCAAGCAUUCGCGUCUGUCGUGGAACCGACUGUCGACGACGAGGAGAGAAGGACUGUCGACCCCCAUAUACAAGUCCGCUUCACGCGCGCGGUGGCCGAGUUGCAGUUCCUGGGCUUCAUCAAAACCUCCAAGAGAAAGACUGACCACGUGAUGCGCCUCACUUGGUGAACACAGUGUUUAUUCAUACCUACUUCUGAAGGGCCAGCAAGUCCCCUCUGUUGGGGCACGGGUCUCCUUCCUAUGAAGGAAAGGUUUAGGCCUAGUCCACGCUGGCCUAUAUAGGGCGGGUUGCCUACUUGUUCUACCUAUAAUCAUGUUUGUAAUGUCCCACUAUGUGCCUACAACUGUGUUAAUUUAUUGUAGUUAUAAAUCGUGUCUUUUAUAUUAUGAAUAAAAUUUGUAUUUUGAAGA